AUUCAUAACUCAGUUGCCCUUCCUCCUGAUGGGAUCAGUAACACGUGGGACCAUGAGAGUGUUGAUUGGAGUCCUGUUGGUAGCCUUCGUGGCUGCAGAGCAGAAACGUUCAGCUGACCCUGGAAUUGGUCAUGGGGGACUUGGAGGACUCGUAGGAAUAGGACUCCUUGGAGGGUUAGAAGGCCUCGGCCAUGGAUUAGGACUCAGUGGAGGAUAUGGUGGUGGGUAUGGUGGUUAUGGUGGUCUCCUGAGCGCUGGCAAUUAUGCUAACGGAUACAGCCACUCCACCGGAUACAACCAUGGAAACCACAUUCUAAAUGGAUAUGGAGGAUCUGGAGGACUUUCACAUGGUCACCUUAGCAAACACUUGCUCGGCAAACGAAAUGCUGAUCCCGAACCAGGUUUAGCCCUUGGAGGACUUGGUGGACUAGGCUAUGGAGGCCUUGGGCUUGGCGGGCUAGGUUAUGGCUUAGGCCUCAAUAAUGGAUAUGGUGGAGGAUAUGGUGGUCUCUUGAGUGCUGGGAACUAUGGCAAUGGAUAUAGCCAUUCUACGGGAUACAACCAUGGAAAACACAUUGGAAAUGCUUACAGUGGAUUGGGAGAGCUUUCACACAGACACGCCAACAUCAUAGGAAAGUGAACGGUUUAUCUUUAACCUAUACUGGAAUGAAGGAGGCUGGUGUUUCCACUGAAGCAGCUUUUUCUUUUUUUGGAAACCAAUAAGAGCUUGACAACCCUAGCUACUUUGUCACAGAAGAAU